GUUUCCCGCCCCACUGGGGGCGCCCCCCUCGCCACGGCACCAACGCCGCCGAGCAGGCCGUGCCCUGGCCCGCGGGCUACGGGCAGGGAAGCGCCUCGACCGCGGAGUGGAUCAGGGCGAAGAUGGCCGCGGACCUCGGUGCGAUCCGGCCGUUCCCGCUGGAGUGGGGGGACCCACCGGAGGCCGGGCCAGAAGGCGGCACCGUGGAGUGGCCCGAGGGCUGGGGGGUGGGCGCCAAGUCCGUGGGCGAGUGGAUUAGCCAGCGCAUCCUCGAGGCAGAGGAGGCUGCCCUGGGCGGAAAAAUGUCGCUGACCGCUGAGGAGGAAAGUCUCUGGAAGGAACAGCAGAAGGCAGUCGAGAAGUGGGAGGUGAAGGAGAUCAUGCAGUUCCUCGCCUGCGCGAAUAUCCAGUGGGGGGUGGACGACGAGAAGAGCCAGCUUGUCCACUUGGUCCAGACAGUUCAGCGCCAGACGCUAGAGAGAUACUUAGACAAAGUGACGAAGCCUAAAACUGAUGUGGACAGGGCUAAGGUCUGGAAAGAAGCUGUGGACGAGUUCUUGGGCACUUGUCUUGACUCCAUUAACACACGUCCCCCUACGAGAAAGUUCGGCUUCAUUCAUAUUGCAGCCAUGCAUGGCAAUGUCGAUGUGCUCACUCAGUUGGUUAAGCUUAGCGCCGACGUAUUCUUGAAGGCUGACGAUGGCCGCACAGCCAGGGAGAUCGCUCAGAAGCAGGGCCACACGGCCGCCGAGGAGUACCUCGCCGCGGUGGAGCACCGCCACACGCUGGCAUCCCACAAGACGAACCAGCUCAUCCAGGACGAGCUCGCGAGCAUCGGCCAGGAGUCGCUGCAGCCGCGCAUGUUCAAGAGGAACAGGGACACCAUGUUCAUCUACGAGUACGACUCCCAUUUCACCGCCUACAGCAAGCUGUCCCAGCAGCUGGGGUGGGAUUGCUCCGCCAUCUCCAUCCAGAAGGGAGUGACCAAGCUAACGACGAAGUUCGAGCCGCGCGGGACGACCAAGGCGACGGGCCUCGCG